AUGGCAGCAACAGAGCAUCAGCUGGACAAUGGAGGAUACGUUCGUCAUCCAACGAUUUGCAAAGGAAGGCUCGCAUUCGUGGUGGAAGAAGACAUUUGGUUGACAGAGUGCUGUGCCAAGGGGACGCCAGGACCCAAGCAUCCGAGACGCAUGACGAACUUCGGAAGGGCUGCACACCCAUUGUUCUCACCUUCGGCGGACUACAUUGCCUUUACCGAUUCCUCCGACCUAUGGGUUCUGACCGUCAAAGACGGAAGAUGCAGGCGCCUGACAUGGUUUGCCAUGGGCGAUUUGUGGCCGGCUGCAUGGAAAACGGAGCAGGAGAUUGCCUUCACAAGCACUUGUGAGGAUCCUUUCGACCGGUCAAUUCUCUAUACGGUCUCCACGGACGGCGGCAAGCCAAAGAAGCUUUUCGAAGGAGAGUACGAUGCAAUAGCGUUUGGUCCAGCUGGUGGCAUCUUGGUGGGCCGACACACCAAGGACACACCACGUACCCUUUGGAAGGGCUAUCGCGGGGGUCAGCAUGGCUUCUUGUGGAUCGACGUCGGUUGCGGAGUCUUCGGGCAAGUUGAAAUUAAAGAUGCUCGCGGUGAGUUUUGCCUCAAUAUCAGUUAUGUGACUUGGCAGCACGAUCGAUUGUUUUUUAUUGCAGAUCCAGAUGGGUCGGGCAACGUCUGGAGCACGGGCUUGGAUGGCCGGGAUCUGCAAAAACACACCUGUCAUGAUUUCUUCGACGUGAGAUGCUUGCGGGGUGAUCUAGCAGAUGAUUUGGUGUACACCAUAGGCGGUGAGCUGUGGCACUUUAACCUGUCUACGUCAACGGCAGAACGCAUUUGGCUAGAUUUUGGCCCAUGCCACGCAAAUCUCCCCAGGGGCCUGGAGGCUUCAGCAUGGAUUGAUUCCGUCGUGCUGCAUCCGGCUGGGCAUACAGUCUCCUGUCUAUGCAGGGGCAGUGUCCAUGAAAUGGCUUUGUGGGAGGGGCCCGUGGUGCAGCUCCUGCAGCAACAGCACGACGCAGAAGGCAAAAAGGGCCUGGAAGAUGCAGAUUCCACCCGGCCUGGGAAUUCUAUGCACUGUGCCGUGCGUUGCGUAGCAAUGGAGUACCUUUUCAGUGGACGGCUUCUCACGGUGACAGAGGCUCAUGUCGACGGCGUCAAUUCUGAGCCUUGGGCCUUUGUCCUUCAUCCUCCUCCGUGCCGUCCAUCCGACCGCGCUGCUCGCGCCGAUGAGGCGGCGAUGUCACCAGUGGAGAUCUUGCGUGGUUUCCUGGUCGAUGUCGGGAGUGCUGCACAAAAGUUCACUUGCUGCGAGAUUCAGGGACAGAUCCAGAGCAUGACUGCGUCUCCAGCGCACGAUGCAAUAGUGAUAGUCACUUCUCGGAACCAGAUGUGGGUCAUGGAGCUUCUCAGUGAUGGGCAGAAGCCUUCUCCGGAAGACCCUUGCACGAAGCUGGAUGCGCUCAUCACUGCAGAGACACGGCUGAUGGACUCUAGUGAGUGGGAGGAAGGAAUCUCAGAUCCUUGUUGGUCGCCGGAUGGUGCGUGGAUAUGUUACUGCCGGAGGUGCUCUGCUCAUGGUUCGUCUGUUGUGCUGAUCAAUGUGGAGACCUCAGCCCAGACAGUAGUGGCAGAUGCUACAUUCUCGAACAGGUGUCCUGCAUUUCAUCCGGAGGGCCUCUACCUAGCUUUUCUUUCCGCACGACAUUUCGCUCCGCUUGAAGAUGCAGUGACUGCUGAUUUGACUUUUGCAUCUGGCACAGAACUCCCUUUUCUGGUGCUUCUGACAAGCGACACUCCAAACCCCUUCGAGCGAAUGCUGGCCUCACCCGCAAAAUUGGACGAGGAAGCGGACUCCCCGACCGAUACAGAUUCGGCUUCGGAAACCCUUGAGGAGCCGCUGCAAGUACGGAUUGAUGUGGAAAACAUCCAGACCAGAGUUCUGCAGUUGCCGGUGGAGCCAGGCAAUUACACUACUUGCAUGUGGACAGCAGCCGGCCAGUUGUUAUACUUGAGAGAGAAGCCCUUCGCAUCAAACCCAUACGUCGUGGACGACGAGGAUGAGCCAGAGGCCAAGAACACGUUGUUCGUUUUUGACCUGGACAAGUCGAAGGAAGUUCAGCUUUGGGACAAUGUGACGAGCAUCAGCACAAGCUCAGACUGCGAGAACGUCCUGCUGUGUGCUCAAGACGAAGAGGAUGCAUAUUUUGUAGUGAAGGCAGGUGCUGGAUUGCCGGAGGAGGAUGUGGACAUGUCAAAGCCAGGUCCCGAAUCUGGCAUGCUUGACUUCGACCGGCUUUCCAUCCAGGUGGUUGACAUAGAGGAGUGGCGAUCGAUGUUUCGCACCGUAAGCUGUUUUGUUUCAGAGCACUUGUUCGAUGAGCAAUGCGGGGGGAUAGACUGGAAAGACACGUGCAACAGAUAUUGGGCAAUACUCCCGCGCAUCCGGAGCAGCGUUGAGUUCGAGGACUUGUGUGGCGAGAUGCUGUCCGAGCUGGGAUUGAGCCAUGUCAGCUUCACGCUAGGCGCCGAGGACUGUGACAAGACCCGGUGCAGGCAUUUGGGCAUAGAUGUUUCCUGGCUAAAUUUGGAAGGUGGAGGCGCCUAUCGUGUGGACGAAGUGCUGCGAGGGGACGUUUGGGACAAAGAGUUUUGUGGCCCUGCUGCAAGGCCUGGUGUGGGCAUCACGGAAGGGGCCCUGAUCCUGGCUGUGAACCGCAUGAGAGUAGUGGAAGACGUGCCAAUUUCUCAGAUGCUUGCCGACACGUCUGCAGAAGUAUUCCUGACUUAUGUGCCUGCUCAUGAAGUUCCCUCGUUUGCCAAACUGCAGAAAACUGUGGCACAACACGGUGGUGCCGAUGGCCUCAGGCGGCUUCGCAGGCAGUCGCAUGCCGCUAAGACACACAAAAAGCAUGGUCAGGCCGCAACUAGUGGGAGGACAGCUGAGAAAGGCCGUCCUCGCAGGAAUCGCGAGGGCAGGGCAAGUGGCAAAGCAGAUGACUUUGAGAGAGAACUUGCGGCUCUCUUCAAACAUUUGGAGAUUUCCACACAGCACGUUUGUCGCACAGCUCGCAUUCGUACGGCAGGAGCGAAUACCAUGCGCAAUGUUCGCAUGAGAGACCUGGUUGAAGCAAGACGUCGCAAUGUUCAUGAGUCAACACACGGCCGGGUCGGCUACCUCUAUGUCCCUGAUACCACUCGCUUGGGCUUUGCGGAGUUCUAUCGCUGCUUUGCUCAAGAAGCCAGUCGAGAUGCUUUGAUCAUUGACCUGCGCUGCAACGGGGGAGGUUUCGCAUCGGAGCUCUUCUUGAAGCAGCUGCAAUGUGGUUUUCUCGGCUGGACGGUUCCUCGCCGUGGUCGGAUGCCGACACGCUGUCCGGAACUCUGCGCCAGCGGAAAGCUUGUGCUUCUGAUUGAUGAAAACACCUGCUCAGAUGGAGAAGCAUGCGCCGAAGCAUUUCAACGAUUCAAGCUGGGAGUUGUUGUGGGCGUGAGGACAUGGGGCGGUGUCACAUCAGUUGGUGCUUGUGAUCUUGACCUUCUGGAUGGGAGCCAGCUGGUCCUGCCAGAUUCUCAUUAUUUCAUCCCUGGACCGACAGGAUAUGGUCUCGAGAACUGGGGAGUGAUGCCGGACAUCCUGUCAGAGUGGCCACCCAACUGCCCUGCGGGCUGCCUGCAGACUGUGGCCGCCCCAAGUUGCCAAGCUUCCCUCGAACGCGACUUCAUCGGCGAGGCUAAGGUCUUCAUCAUAGGUCUUCCAUCGCAGGCUUCAGGCGCAGCGAGAAUCUAG